AUCCAAUGUUUCAUUUCUCAACUGCAUGCUUCUUUCGUCAUAUUUUAAAGGAAUCGAAAAAGAUAUCGUGGAAUGGGCCGAUAGUCACUCCCGGGAGGAGCUUCAACAGUCUCGUCAGUCUGCGCAAGACCAUGACACAAUCGACAAUCACGCUUCCUCCUCCCUGCACACCAUAAAUACUGCAAACCUGAGUCCCGCGCCUCUGAACUGAUGCCUCUCUGCGCAUGAAGCUCAACGGGUUUUGCUUGAAUUCUAGUAAUUGAAAUUACUUCCCGGAAUUCACAAAUCUCGCUUUCUCCGACGUCUGACCGUGGGGUACUCUGGUUCGCAUCAUGAGGCGAGACUCUACUUCAUCGCUGCCUCCGCCAAUGGAACAUGAAUAUCUUGACAUUCCGAUCAUUGACGACAAUGAGCCGCUCUUUGAUGUGGUCCUCAAACUGAACAACUUUCUGACUUCAUCGGUCUUUGAGGUCUGGUAUACAUUCGAGGAGAUAAAAUCCGCGCCGAAUCCUCGCCUCCGGAUGCUGGUCAACUCUCUGGCAGAGAACUCGCAUAACCCAUGUAUUGUAUCCGCAUUGAUGAUCUUGAAGUGGAAGUUUGACAAGGCAGCUGAACAUGAUGGUGGCUUUGAUGAAACUCGAGGCUAUGUGUGCGAGUACAUUGCCUGGCAGUUUCUAUGCCACCUCAAUCAACGCGACUUGAUUGAGUAUCUGCUCGAGGAACUUAGGGUAUCGCCUCAACAGUCGACUAGUGUAGAUCAAGCCGAAGCUGGCGAGUCUAGCCUUGCAGCUUUUCGAAAUGCUGAGGGAAAUGAGAGCACUCCUCUAUUGUCAGGUGCCUCUUUUAAAUCUCAUGAUUUUGGGAGCAACAGACGGCGUGUGAGUUCCUAUGGAAGCGGCCAACACGAUUCCGAAAACGGAAUUCACUAUGAAGAUGCUGGUGAAGAGUUCUUCAUGUUCAUUGGGCUCAAUGCUCUGGAAAUUGCGACUAUUGCCCAUGCAAAGAAAUUUCUAAGCCAAAGAGUUGUUCAAAAGGUGGUAGACGAUCUCUGGAAUGGCGAGAUUGUCUUCUGGGACUCACUGAGCGUACAUUCGACCAAGAAACCUCAAUUCUUCAAUAAGAGAACAGCAGAUCCCUACUCACGGUUAAGGGUGCCAGUGUAUAGGAAGGCUUUUGAGGCUGCCUUCUUCGUCUCCUUCCUUAUUCUCUACUAUGCAGUGCUUAUCGAAAGGAACCCGACGAGAGUAGGAGGCUUUGAAGCCCUUCUGUAUGUCUGGAUUGCUGCGUUUGCGUAUGAUGAACUAAGCGGCUUCGUUGACUCAGGGAUGCUCUUUUAUCAAAUGACAUUCUGGAAUCUUUGGGACCUAUGUAUCAUAGGAACUGGUCUGGUCUUUGUUAUCACAAGAAUCGUCGGCCUGACCAACCAGGAUAGUUACAUCAUUGACUUGUCAUUCGAUGUACUAUCUUUGGAGGCACUGUUCCUUGUUCCUAGGAUAUUCUCCCUCGUGAGCCUAAACCCAUAUUUUGGGAGUCUGAUUCCUGUCCUCAAAGAAAUGACUAAAGCUUUCUUUCGCUUCACGCCGGUGAUCAUCAUCUUGUACUUGGGGUUCUUGACUACGUUCACCAUGCUCGCUCGUGACCGACUUUCUUCGAAGAAAAUGUCAUGGAUUUUGGUCAAUGUGUUCUUUGGAUCGAAUUACUUGGGAUUCGACAUUUGCUCGGAUAUUUCCCCGAUCUUUGGAUGUGGUUUAAUGCUUGUUUUUGUGUCGGUGACAAGUCUGCUACUGAUUUCGUCACUGGUCAGUUUGAUGAGCAUGAGCUUAGAGGGUGUGAUGUCUCAUGCCCGAGAAGAGUAUCUUUUUCAGCUUGCCAUCUACGUUUUGGAGAGUAGCACAUCGAAGAGGUUGACGUACUUUUUGCCGCCAUUGAACCUGAUCCCUCUACUCUGUAUCCGCCCUAUGAGGCUGUUUCUAUCGGCAGAGGAUAUUCGACGAGUGCGCAUCGUUCUUCUUAGGGCAACACACCUUCCGUGCGUCGCGUUGCUUUGGGCUUACGAAUCAGGUCGGCGCCUCUUAUCGUCGCAGAGGAAGCAAUCUGGGUCACGAAUGACGCCCCGGGAAUUAAGCCACCCAACCUCAAUCAUCCAAUCUCGCUCGGGGCAUUCUGGGCACCAUGCGAUGCGUGUGGCAUCUAAUAUCAAUACAAAUGGCCAAGCUACUCCUACACCUGCGAGGUAUACUGACAGCCCACAGCAGUCGGGACAAGAUGUCAACGUUGCGAGUAUGCUCGAGGAUAUGGAACGGCUGCGCGUGCAAGUGGAAAGGGUGGCGGCUGCGGUGGGAGUUCACCAUCGCAAUCGUCAGUGAUGGACUACCGUGAGGAGGUUCGAAGAGCGCCUGGGGAGCGAAUCAUGCUCAGAGUGCUUCGUGGACGAAGUACCAAGAACUUACCCUGAUCCGUAUUCCCACGCACCCGUCACCUGCAAGGUUCAACACCACUAGAGGCCCUAGUGUGGAAGCUUGCGGAUUAGUUCGACUAGAUUUGAAUGUGGGUAAAAUGCCCGGUAGAUGUCAAAGAGGAGGAGGACCUAUGCCACGUUACCUUUCUCUUCAUCGAUCUGUAGAUGCAUAUGUAGUCCUCCUCUCUGACCCGCUUUCCCUCGCCCAUUGCGAUCUUCAACGUCGGCCAGCGGCAUGUACAAUUGAGCAAUGUACAAGUAGCAAAUAUUAGCCUCAGUUUAGUGCCAGGAUUGCCUCCUUCUGGUUGCCAAAAUUUGGACGAAAAAUGUCAGAGUUGUGUUGUGCAACCUCUGGGGUAAGACCAAUAGUAUGAACGGGAGAGCCAACUGAAGAAAGAAAAUAAUAAGCAACAAUACUUCUUUGCUUUAUGCAGUAGUUCUCGAACAAAUCAGAUUGUAUGGCGAUCAAUUAUUGUCCUGGCGCUUCGCAUCUGCACAGUUCGCCUGGGCAGAGAUCCCCCUCUUUCGCCUACGACCACCCAACUUCCGUGCCUCCGCUCUCCAACCUUCUUCCAACCCUCCUCCAUCACUCUCCAUCCAGACCCUCGACAAAACAGCCUCGAUAACGCCUUGUGCAAAUCUUCAGCUCAGUGUUUCGCGAUACCCCUCCGGCUCUCGGAUGCUGCGGCUGUGUUUGCCAAUCAUACCUGGCGACACGCACUGCCCAAGUGCAUAUUUCUGCCAAGCUAGGAACCAGACUGUCGGGUCCUCACUAUGCCUGAUUCAACAAGAGAAAGAAACAAAUUUCUGCGUUGCUGCUCACCCCAGCGAGCGGCGAUCGGAGAUGCCAGGCGUCCUCAGCGAUUCUCCUGCGGCCGCUGUGCCUGUUCCGUGCCUUCCAGUGUGAUUCGAGGCCCUCCCCCCUCCCCGUGGACCUGGCUGCAUCUUCCUUUCGCAUCAUUUCGACCACGAUCCCUGAGUGAUCCUCGCCGCCUCGCUGGCAGCGCUUAUUCCUCGUCUCUCGACCCAUGUUUGGGGCCCUGUCGUUUCGGACAAAAUCGUUUGGCUGCAGUAGUGACCGCUUCUCCAGUCAUUUCAUCAGCCUAUGCAACCCCCCUCUGUCGAAGCCAUCACUGAUUGAUGGAAGCUGGCCGGGUCACAUCAUUUUGGCGCUAAUUCCUUGUUCACGUCUCUAAAAUGCCGCGCCUAUCUCCGUCUAGAAGACUUGGUUGUAAUCAAUUCGGUCCGGCCCUGCACAGCAGCACCUAGGUACCCUCGCUCUCUUCACACACCCCCCCCCUUCUCUUCCGCCUCCUAGCAAGCCAUGACACACCGGCUUCUCUUCCCUGUUUCUUUUCAUACACACAUGCAGCAGCACCCCUCGAAUUCUGCCUUGCUAGGCAGGGUGUCGAGGCCGUUGCCUAUAAGCACUCUUCACUCCUUCCGCCUGAAAAGGGCCCUUCCAAUCAUCGAAUGAUCUGUUCCUGACGAAUUGAUCAAGCCAUUAUCAACCGCGCAUCUUUAUUUUACUGAAGCAUUCUGCUUGGUCUACUCUUCUUUUAUUUCGGCUCCGAAGGCGUCGUCAUUUCAAGACUGAACGCCUACAUAUUUCCUGACUACAACAAUCGCUUGAGCAACAUUGAAGAGCCAUCAUUGGACUAGUGGAAGGUGCCUUAUCCUACCAUUGUCACUUCUAUAUCUUAUCCGGCUGCCAUCAGGGUUCCUUCCAACUCACUCCAUCAAUGAUGAAUUACCCUUCUGAACUUUUUCAAUCUCCCUCUUCUCAGCCUCCAUCCUCAUCCUCAUCAUCAAACAAUGCGGCGCCGCGAAGUCUCCCAGCAUAUCCCUCUAUCUCGCGCUCUGCUCCAGCAUUUUCUUUUCCCUCAAUAGACACAGGGUUGGGGAUAUCAUAUUGUGACAUGGGCCUCGGUGGCGACCACAUGAGACAGUAUCAGCCAUCAGAGCAUGAUUCGGCGGAUUGGCUUGGCCAAAUGAUGCCGGUAACCUUGCCAUAUCGAUGUUCGCUUAACACUACUCAUCUUUCACCCGCGACGUUUUACGACCCGUAUUCAGGCUCUGAGACCUCUGCCUCGCCUCUCAGCUAUUGCGGCCCACAAACGAUGAGUGCUUCACCGAGUCGCGGACCAGACUUAGACUACGGGACAGGACAUGAUAUG